UAGUGGACGAGUAAAUCCACGUCUUCGCAUCGUGACUGUUCCUUUCGUCUCUUCACAAUCUUUUUGCUGGGUUGCUGCCAUCGUUCUUUCUGGUCGACAACUACCUGAUCCCACAAUAUACCCAAAUUGACGCUGAUCAACAUAAUCAGAACGCCAAAUUCAACCCAACAUGGCGUUUGAGAUAUCCCGAGAAUGGUCAUCCUACCACCUAAUACCUCAAUCCGUUGACGUUGCCCUGAACCCCCCAGAAUCCUACUUCUUCAUAACCGACUUCCUGAUCAUAGCUUGCGGUAUCCUCUAUACGCUCUGCUAUAUGUUUUACACCAUCCGGACCUAUUCAGACCGCUACCUAGCUGGAACUGUACAAUUUCUUUCUGCGACCAUGGCAUAUGAGAUCUACUACGCAUAUGUGUGUACCACGACAACUUUUCAACGGGCCUGCUUCUUUGUGUGGUUCUUAUUCGAUAUCACGUUCGUCACAGUGGCGCUUAAGUAUGCGUACAAGCCGGAGGAGAGGAGAAAGACCGUGGUGAAGUUGCUGUGGCAGGUACCGGCUUGGAUGGCAUUCUUGUGGUGGGUUGGCACAGUGUGGCCGGAUGAGAGGGAACAGAAGACGGCGUUCUUCACGGGGUUGUAUCUGGAGUUGCCGAUCGGGUGGGGACAGAUCUUGUAUCUGGUUCAGCGGCAGGAUACUAAAGGGCAGAGCUUGGAGAUUUGGAUCACACGAUACCUCGGAUGCAUCACGGCGUUCUUGGUGUUCAUCUGGAGAUACGUCAAUGUACCCGAAAACUGGUCCUACGUCGGAAACUGGUGGAGUAUCGGCGGGAUGAUCGUUACGCUCUUGCCAGAGACGGUGUAUCCCUUCUUUUAUGUUUGGGCCCAUAAAAAAGGGAGAGAAAAUGCUGAGAGAAGAAAAAUGGUUGACGAUGAAAAGAUGAAAGCUGGCGACAGCAGAGGGUAAACGAAUGCGUGUCGCAUUGAAUUAUGCAUACCCUACCUAUGGUAUCUAGCGAGAAUUCUAUCUGUAUAAAAAUCUGCACGUCAGCCAUUGCCCGCACCCAUCAUGGUCGUUUCCUUCAUCUCAAUACCGACACGAAAACCAGUUUUUCUUUUUUUUCUUCGAUAUUAUCAGCCGCGCUCGUGGUCCGAAGCCUUAUUCUUGUACGGCCUGGCAGCAGGUGCAAGGCGGUACCGGAAAUUCGGCACAUUCGGUCAGGCCGUGGAAUGAUGUUGCGACCACUGUGCGAAACCCAAGACGGCCGAUCGGCUUCCAAGAAUUUCAGCCACACAAACAGUUGUCACACACCGUGUGCAAAGACGGCCAAAAUGGUCUGCCGGCAUAUUUGGAAGUAAAAGUGGGACGGCCGUUGGUUC